GUCGACCAAGGGCCUAGAUUCUAUCCUGAUCAGCAGUGUGUCGAACAGUGAAUAUUUAUGUUACUUGAACAAGUCAUUCUCAAAUAUGUUUCAUUGGAUACUAUAGAAUUACUUUAAACUAUUAUACAUCAAGGUUAGUUAAGUUAAUCGACACCAAAAGUAAUCGGCGCCAUGGAUGAAAUAAUAACAAAGUGGAAAGACCUCUCUGAUGCUAAGAAAUACAGAGAGGCUUAUAAUAUUGUUACAACUGCAAUACAGAAGGGCAUGCAACAUUCCGACCUCUAUUGGCGUAAGGCCUGCAGCUGCAGAGACUUAGCAAAUUCACUUGGGAAGAGUGACAAAAAUAUGUAUAAACACUACGUGCACGAAGGUCUUGCAGCUUGUGAAUCAGGACUUAGGUUGAAUUCAGAAUGUCCAAAGUGCAACUCUUGGUACGCAGUAUUUCUCAAUUACACAUCCCAGCUUGAAGGGAUGAAUAAGCGCAUAGAAAACUCAUUCAAAAUGAAAGAGUAUUGGCUGAAAGCACAUAAAUUGGACCCUACAGACUACGGAACAUUACAUGCUUUAGGAAGAUGGUGUUUCGAAGUAGCGGAUCUUUCGUGGUUGAAGCGAAAAUUUGCUGCAACCCUUUUUAGUACACCCCCAACAUCUACAUACGAUGAGGCCUUAAAGUAUCUAACUGAGUCAGAAAAAAUAGCUCCAGGUGCUCUUGUGAACAAUUCUCUGUAUUUAGCGAAAACUUAUCAAAGACUGAAAGAUAAUGCUCAGGCAAAACAGUAUUGCUUGAAAGUCCUAAGCUUUCCAGGAGACGAUUUGGAAACUGAAGAGGCGAAAACUGAGGCUUCUGAACUACUGAAGAAAUUAUAGAGUUUUAUGAUAUCGUCGAAACCUAAGUUAUCAGACAUUUUAAUGUGAACUUUCUACAAGUUUUAUUAAAGCUAAAAUUUCAAUUCGCUUUUUUCCGUUUUUAUUUCUACUUACUGUUUUCGCAGUAAUGGUGUUUAGUUUCUGUUUUUCAAGUGUAUUUCGUUUUAUCAAACCAUUAUUUGUCUACCGGUAUUAUAUUGUAGGAUUUUGUCUUGUGUGAAGGGUUACGCGAAAUUUUCAGUUUUGACAUUCAAAUUUUAGGUACUCUUACAAUGUGAAAUUUCCACAAAGAUUAGAAAGUAUUUAUAUUACAUACGGUAAGAAUGAGUUCCAAACUAAAAGAAACAGCUCAUUUGAUAAUUCAUUUUAUGGACUGAUAUAUUUCAUUUCACUAAAUUUAGCUCACAUAAGACAAAAUCCACAGCUUGUCAAUGAGCAAGGGAACUUUGUGACUUUUAGCAGUCAGAAUAUCUAGUCGAUAAGUUA